AUGACGGAUCUCGACUGGGACUUAAUUUUCAAAGUUCACGUGAAAGGAGCUUAUACCAAGACGAAAGCAGCUUGGCCGUAUAUGAGGAAGUGGAACUACGGAAGAAUUAUUGUGACGUCAUCAAUUGCGGGCAUCUAUGGAAACUUCGUGACUACUUGUACUAUCGAUCAGCUGGAAAGGUUGUUCGUAAUGCGAAGGCUGAACAUGUUCGAGAUAACUGGAGCCAAAUCACCAAUAUGUAGAACGUCCAGCAUUUCGAUAACAUGA